GUUUUUGAUCCUGACUUUGGUGGAACUGAUCGAGUUGAUUGUCAUUUAACCAAUCCAAAUUUCACUCUUGUCCGGCGUACUGGCCAACCGCCGGCGCAAGUGGCAGCAUACGGUGAUCUGGCCACAUUUCAGCGAACUGACUUGUUUUCUAGCAGCGGACUUACUGGUGAAUAUGGACUGGGUCCGCCUGGUAACUUGAUUUCUGGUGGAGAAAUCACCGGAGGUGGUCGUGCUAGCGACGGAACAAUCGCUAUUUCGCCCGGAGGAGCAGCCGGUCAUGUCUCUUCUGGAGUCGGAUCCUUCAGUGGAGCUCUGGGUGUGAUCGAGUAUAGUUUGGUGACAGCAAUCCCUCUCGACCGAGAGGAGACCCAGGUACAGCAAGUUCGCAUCAUCUGCACUGAUCAGGCUGGCCACAGGACCUAUAAAAACAUCAGUUUGCGAAUAGCUGACACAAAUGAUCAUGCGCCAGUUUUCACACGGUCUGUCUUCCAUCUGCAGGUGAGGUUGUCCGGUUAA